GGGGGCAUUGGGAUUGAUCGGGAUGUUUCCAUCAUGGCGGCAUCCAUUUCAGGUUACACUUUUAGUUCUGUGUGUUAUCACAGCGGCAACAGCAAUUCAGAUCAUGAGGGAUUCCUAUUAGGAGAUGUAAGGCAAGAAGAGACUGUCAGCAUCAGUGACACACAGAUCAGCACUGCAGAGUUGAUCCAGGUAGUAGAAAUUCAUAACCAUGAUCCUUGUGCACAGUUAUUUAGCUUUUAUGACUACGCAGGCAAACUCAAUGAAGAAAAUCUCAACAGCAUUCUUAAAGACAGGCGGAAAAACGUUAUUGGUUGGUAUCGGUUCCGGAGGAACACGCAGCAGCAGAUGUCGUUUAGGGAACAGAUCAUCCACAAACAGCUGACUGAGCUGCUUGGUGUGCCCGACCUCGUCUUCCUCCUUUUCAGCUUCAUCUCCACCGCCAACAGCUCCACACACGCACUGGAGUAUGUGCUCUUCAGACCCAACCGCAGAAGUUACAACCAGAGGAUCACCCUCACAAUCCCAAACCUUGGGAACACAAGCCAGCAGGAAUACAAAGUCUCAUCAGUGCCCAACACCUCAACCAACUACACCCAGGUCAUCAAAGAGCACGGGGCCGAAUUCUUUGACAAAGAUGGUGUCAUGAAGGAUAUCCGAACAAUAUACCAAGUCUACAGUGCACUGCAAGAUAAAGUGCAGGCCGUGUGUGGGGAAGUGGAACAAAGUGAGCGUGUGAAAGAGAAAAUUCAAGAGGACGUCAACAAACUCAAACAACAAAUUGCUCUCAGGAAACGCAAGGCGGCCGAAGAGGAGAGAAGGCUCCUUGAGGCCCAGAAUGUGGAUUCCCAAGCCACUCCAGAUGAGAACAAAGAGCCCUCUGAGACUUCCCCUCUUUCCAGAAUAACUUUCCACACACCCUCUGCUCCGGAGCGACCCAGUACCUCACCAAACCCGCCGUCCUACUCUGACCUCCUGUCGCAAGGGGUCCCUCUGCUCUCUUCUUCCCCAGCUACCAGUGCCGCUCUACUGCCUCGGCCCCAAGCUGUGGGCUCCCCGGGACACCCCACGCCCGGCCCGCUGGGGACGGGCGUGGGGCUCGCCGCCAGCUCUAACCCCGUUGCCGCUCCCAACACCCCGUACCUUGGCAACGGGGACGGAUCGAGCUCUGACUCGUUAGACAGACAAGCCGCAGGGCAAGAAGAUGACGACGACGAGGACGAAGACGACGAGGACAGUAGCGAAUAUGAGAACCUGGUGAGUGAAGCCGGUCACCUGCCGCUGGGCUCUGCCAGCGUUUUAGUACAAGGCCGGCCGGCCGCCCUCGGCCCGGAUGGCGACGCCCUCGGCUCCCAGACCACAUAGAAACACGCCGCAGGGUGUGUAUGGGACACAAAUAAGUGACGCACCUUGAGAGGUAGGCACCUGAAGCAAUCAAAAAUAGACAAAUAUAGACAAAAGUGCCAGUCCUGAAAGUGAAAGACCUGCACAGUUGGUGUCCCGCUGUGCGUGUUUAUUGUCUUAGUCUGAUCUCCAUUUUAAGGGGAAACUCUGCUAGGCUGUGCAGUCUUAACGGGUGUGUCAUCGGAGGGAGAAGUUGUCUGUUUUCAUUUUUUUCUUUUGGAAUGGGGUCAGUGCGGGUACUUUAGUGUGGAUGUUUUGGCUCCCUGUAAGACAGACCAUGCUACACGCUUUCUUCUGUAUGUUUUUGUUUCACUUCUACCCCACCAACACUGAGCACCCACUCUUGUAUUACCUCUUGCACUAUUUUUUUUUUUGUUGCCUUCUUUUUUGUCAUUUACAAAAAGCAAAGGAAGAAUGUUCUGCAGCCUUCGAACCUUUUAAAAAGAAGUAAAUGUUUGUGACCUUUUUUUUUUUU